AAUGGGAAAGCCUUUGGACGAGAAGAACAUGUACUUUUGCACCGCAGAAACGAAACUCCGUCGGGUGGAGUGCAAUAGCGAGCAGGCUUUCUUACUCGACACCAUCGGGGUGUUGAAAAAGCUGCCGAUGAACCUGUUUACGGUCUUUCUCGCGAUGAUCGAGGAGAUGCGGCACUGCAGCGUGAUUCUGCACGUACAGGACGUCACGAUUCCCGGGCACCAGCAGUUUUGGGAGCACCACGACGCGACGCGGGUGACCAUGUUCAAGGCCGGAAUCGCAAACGCGUUUGACAACGAAGAAGUUGCGCUGGGCAGUCCCAAGUUCGGUCUGGGAGGACUUUUGCCGGGAGAGCGCGAGCGUUUCGUUGGGGAGAGCAUGCCUGUGGACGAUGCGGAAGAAGAAGAGGACAGCGACACUUCUAAAUGCACGACUGCGCCGCAAAGUAGUGCUAGCGCGGAUCAAAAUCAAGAAGAAAACUCGAGUACAACCAGCAGACUUGACAGCUCUACAACUUCUGAGGAAGAGUCAGCGCCGUAUCGUGACCCGCUGAAAACCGACGCCAGCUUGCCGGACGUGAGACAGUCCUACCUGUACAGUUUCGCGAUUCACGGAAAAGAAGCCCGCAUCGCGCGCGAAAUUGCGAUGUUUGGCAAAAAGGACGACCGAACCAACGCGAUUGGGCAGAAGCAUGAGGAGGCACGGGCGACUUUCCUCCAGUCUGGCUGGUCACAAGAGGAGCGAAAAGCAAUUCGAGAAGCGAAGGCGGCGAGCGAAGGGAGAAGAAAAUUGAUUCCGUGCGUGUCGUCCAGGGUCGUGGAUGAGGGUGAGCAGCUGUCGAACUCUUCUUCGGAGGCAUGUGCAGCCUCCGCUGAAAGUACGCCCGUUGCAGAAGCAGUAGAAGUGGAGCAAGUCAGUGAUUAUUCGAGUCCGUCUGAAGCAAGCGAGUGCGAGGCUCAGAACGGAGAACAACAGGCCGAGCCGGAAAAUCGUAUCGAAGUGCCAGAAAAGAAAGCCCGCCUACGCAUCAAAGAGCGCAAUAUGUCGCGCAGCGGCGGCUACGCGGCGCCGCGACCGGAGCUUGUGGACGCGCGCUUGAUGCCGAAGCGGGAUCAGAAGAAGCAGGCGAAAGACCCGUUCUUUAAGAACGCCAGGCUGCAAGCCGAGGAGAUGCUGGCGCGACAACAAAUAAUUCUUGGCAAGUGCAACAGUCCGGGCGAGGAGAAGGAAGAAUCUUCCCCCGACGCAAAUGAUCCUUUCAACUACGCAGCGACAGCUGCGGCACAAAAACCCCCAGGCGGAAAGGAAGAGCAAAGUCCAAGUGAAGAGCCACUACCCGAUAAAAAUUCGACAUCAUCUUCAGCGGAAGGUGAUGAAAAGAAGGGUGCAGACGCGCCUGCAUCAUCUUCCCAAGACAAACUGGAGAUACCCAUGGUGCCGCUGAAAAACUUGGAGACCGAGGCGGAGCGCGAGCACCGCGUGAAGCUGCGCGAGGAGUGGUAUCGCGGCGACUUGACGCUCGAGCGUCGGCCCCUGAAGGACCGGCUGUUCUUCGAUUGGAGCCACCACGACAAGGACAAGAAAAAGUACAAGCGGUGCCCAAAAUUCGUGCCGAUUGUCGAAGUCUGGAACAAAUGCGACGUGUUGCGGGACUGGGAAAUCGGCAAGCGCCACGAGUUUCACUGGUCCAAGCCGGUCUACGGUGCGUCCACGACGCUGCGCCAGGUUGGCCUCCAGGGCGACUCCGGGGACGCCACGGAUUUUGGGUCGCGGACCGACAAAAUGGGCAUCGACGGCGCGGUCCAGGACGAAACCAGGCCGGCAACCAUGAAACCGGACGUGGUGUUUGAAAAGUACGAAGGUAAGCAGUAUGAGCAUGCAGAGUCGAAGAAGUUGCGCGACGAAAUCCAGGAACAAAAGCUCCGUCUGAAGGAGGAGCGAGCAAAGAAAAAGGACAGUCUGGUGGCGCACGCGGCGAUUGGCGGGCAGCGGGUCUUGACUAGUUCCUGCUUGGACAACAGGCUGCUCUUACCGUCCUCUUCAAGCGGUGGUGGUUCCCCAUCGCAACUACGAAUUUCCGAUCGCAGUGCCAGUAUUUCCUCCUCGCUACCGCGCCUUAGCACAAGCUCCACGGGUUGCUGGCGGGACCGCGAGCAGGGCUCUUUGUCCUACCGCGACACCGUGCAAGCAAAAAUCGACGACAGAAGGAAAACCGAUGCUGAAGUGGAAGCGGAGCGGCUGCAACGUGCAGCAGGCGUCGAUCAGGGACAACUAGAUGGCUCAUCAAAUAAUUAUGACGAUAAAAACCAAGCAAGAAAUCACAGCCCCUACGAGAAGAGUCCUCGUCCCGGGGAACAGGGCAACAAGCGUGCGUCGCGGUUUGCACAGUCCUCAUUGUACUCGGAAGCGCUGGAGCCGCUACUGGAGCAGGCGUCGAAAUUGCAGAUUUCGAAUCGCAUGCCGAUUCUGACUUCCGCGAGAACCGGUGAGGGUGUGGAAGAGCUACGGGAUGUGCUGGAGUGCAUCUUCAAGUGGGCCCGCCGCUCUGCCUGGUUCGGCAACAAUCAGAAGGACAACUACCCCAUAACUGCAGCGCUAGCGGAGGAUGAUAUGCUGGAAGAAGUCGACUAUCGGAAACCGGCAGCGGCCUUCAAUUUAAACGAGCAUUUCGGUCCGACGCAUGGGGUUUUCAUGCGGGAGAAGGAUCGGACUGACAUUCCCCUUGCCGCGGUGCGAAAACGAAAAUACAUCGAAGCAGCGGAUGGCAGCAUCGUGAAAAGACGGAAAGUUAUCACUAUCGCGCAAAAUGAGAAUGACCCAGACCCAGAGCCAGCUAGAAUUACGAAACAGCUACCCCUCACAGUUUUCGGGAACUGCAAUUCUGAGAAGAAGGUAGACGAGGCUGAGAUUGUGAACUGUGCGAAGGGAGCCGAGGCGAAAGCAGAUGUUGAGUUUCCAGCUGAAACGUCAAGAUCGAAAUUCGCCUCGUCGCGAGAGCCGUCUCGGCUUGUGAAGACGAGCAAAGUCCGAACUUGCGCAGGAUUUACUGCUUCUGUCCAGAAAACAAAUUUUCUGGAUUUUGUAACCUCGACCACGCGACGAGGACGUAGGGAACCGGCUGACGAAUGUGCAGAAGCGACUGCUGUGAUCCGAUCGUCUUCAUCACCGUCGCCCACGGUAGGAAUGCAGGAAGGAGCCGAUCAUGAAGUCCUCGUCGCCAGCUUUCGGUCUGGUCAGCAGGAGAAACUGCACCAGGGUUGCACUGGCAUCGUCGAAGCACAUAGAGGUAGAGUUGAAGAAGAGGAAGACUUCCGUUGGACCAAGCCAAAGACAAAGAUUGAUAUCAAGCAGACGCAGCUUGUUACGAUAGGACCGCGAGAGCCAGGAUACACCUGGGCACGCAACACCGGUCUUCUAGAGAAGCAGCUGGGUGACGGCUCCGUGCGCGUUUGGUUAGAUCCGAUCGACUACGGUCAGUUUCUGAAAAUUCAGUACGCGGCCUCCUCCGAGGGUUUUCAGAGGCGAAAAGAAUUUGCACCGAUCGCACUUGAGAUGAUUAGUCGCGGUGAUGACAAGAGCAAAUCCGAUACGACUGAACCAGGACAGCAGUCAGAAAGUUGCCUAUUAAGUGAGAGCGCUUUCAGGACUUAGUAACAGCGUGCAAGAUGGGAUUCGACAUGCAAUAAAUCUGUCGCUCGGGGCAGGCGCCAACGUGUCCUUGGACCGCGACUCUAACUAGAGCUUGACCUUUGAAAUUGAAGAGAAUGCGCAACCAAUUUUCUUUCCCUUUCGUUCUUUGUUUUGUGUGAGUGUUGAGCUGAUGUAGAAGACGAAGUUAAAAAAAAAGGAAAGGUCGGUGUAGAAGAAUGUAAGUAAGUACUUAAUCGCCAGGUGGGUUGUUGAUACUAAAAGAGACUUGAUUGGCAUGGGGAAGUUGCAGUUUGGGCGUGAGAGUGAGCGAGAGUGACACGAGCAAAAUCUACUACGAUGCGUUGAAGCGCGG